GAAAAUGCACUCUGUCUACAUCAAAAGCCAGAAGGGAUUCCACCUUCCUGCAGUUGAAAACUGUGUGUUCAGCAUCAGAUGUCUGGGCUCCUUCCGUGAGUGUGAGGUUCUGCAAAUAAAACAGAAGGUCUUUUGUGGACGCCUGAAAGAGCCAGCAGUGCAUUCCUUGGGAACUUGCCUGAUCUGUUUCUGGGACAACCUAACUUGGUUUCUGCGGAAUUCCUGUUUUCGCUUUUCAGAGUGAAUCAGCUACGCACACGCCUGAGCCAGCCGUUCAGUGCAGCCGAGAGAGCCAGUGCGUGUCUGCUUUCGCAAGCAGAAAGGAUUUCUUCUGAGGAGCAGCCUCCCUGCUAAAUCCAGCUGCUCUCGCCCUGAUGGAACUGCAUUUCAGGACUCCAAAUAUCGACCACCUUGCAGAGUUCGGCGUGAAGCUGACCCAGCACGUCUCUGCCGCGUCUUUGUGUACCCCGAGCAGAGCAGCCUUCCUCACGGGCAGGUACCCUGUUCGAUCAGGUAUGGUUUCCAGCAUUGGUCACCGUGUUCUUCAGUGGACUGGAGCAUCUGGAGGUCUUCCGACAAAUGAGACAACUUUUGCAAAAAUAUUGAAAGAGAAAGGCUAUGCUACUGGACUCAUAGGAAAAUGGCAUCUGGGUCUCAACUGUGAGUCAGCCAGCGAUCAUUGCCACCACCCCCUCCACCACGGCUUUGACUAUUUCUACGGAAUGCCUUUCUCCAUGAUGGGUGACUGCGCCCGCUGGGAACUCUCAGAGAAGCGUGUUGACCUGGAACAAAAUCUCAACUUCCUCUUCCAAGUCCUGGCCUUGGUCGCCCUCACACUGGCAGCAGGGAAGCUCAUGCACCUGAUAUCCGUCUCGUGGAUGCCAGUCAUCUGGUCAGCCCUCUUGGCUGUCUUCCUCCUCACAACCUCCUAUUUUGUGGGUGCUCUGAUUGUGCAUGCCGAUUGCUUUCUGAUGAGAAACCACACCAUCAUGGAGCAGCCCAUGCGUUUCCAAAGAGUCACGCCCCUUAUGCUGCAGGAGGUCAAGUCCUUUCUCAAAAGGAAUAAGCUUGGGCCUUUCCUCCUCGUUGUUUCCUUUUUGCACGUCCACAUCCCUCUUAUCACUAUGAAGAACUUCCUCGGGAAGAGUGCCCACGGGCUGUAUGGGGAUAACGUGGAGGAGAUGGACUGGAUGGUAGGACAGAUCCUUGACGCUUUGGAAAUGGAAGGUUUGACCAACAGCACCCUUGUUUAUUUUACAUCAGAUCACGGGGGUUCCCUAGAGAAUCAGCUUGGAAACACCCAGUAUGGUGGCUGGAAUGGACUUUAUAAAGGAGGGAAGGGCACGGGAGGAUGGGAAGGUGGGAUCCGGGUGCCUGGGAUCUUCCACUGGCCCGGGGUGCUCCCGGCUGGCCGAGUGAUUGGUGAGCCCACGAGCCUGAUGGACGUGUUCCCCACCGUGGUGCAGCUGGCGGGCGGUGAGGUGCCCCAGGACAGAGUGAUUGACGGCCGGGACCUUCUGCCCUUGCUCCUGGGAACAGCCCAGCACUCAGACCACGAGUUCCUGAUGCAUUACUGUGAGCAGUUUCUGCACGCAGCCAGGUGGCAUCAACGGGACAGAGGAACACUAUGGAAAGUCCACUUUGUGACCCCAGUGUUCCAGCCAGAGGGAGCCGGUGCCUGCUAUGGAAGAAAGGUCUGCCCAUGCUCUGGGGAAAAAGUAGUCCACCAUGAUCCACCUUUGCUCUUUGACCUCUCAAGAGACCCUUCCGAGGCCCACGUCCUCACGCCAGCCUCAGAGCCCUUGUUCUAUCAGGUGAUGGAACGCGUCCAGCAGGCUGUGCGGGAGCACCAGCAGACACUCAGCCCGGUCCCUCUGCAGCUGGACAGGCUGGGCAACCUCUGGAGACCAUGGCUGCAGCCCUGCUGUGGCCCAUUCCCCCUCUGCUGGUGCCUUAGGGAGGAUGACCCACAAUAAAUGUGAGCAAUGGAAAGCUGGA